AGGCGCAGUGAGAGGAGCAGCUCCCGGCCCGUGCGCAGGCAGAGGGGCAGGAACUCACCCCGCCCCGAUUCUGUGCGCAGGCGCAGUGAGAGGAGCGGCUCGCGGGCCCGUGCGCCGGCGGAGGGGUAGGAACUCACCCCGCCCCGAUUCUGUGCGCAGGCGCAGUGAGAGGAGCGGCUCGCGGGCCCGUGCGCAGACUCCGAGGCUGUUUCCUGGAUCGCUUGUCAGUGCCGGGCCCCGCCGGCCGCUCCCUCUCCCGCCGCCCGGAGCGGAGUCGCGUUGACUGACCAGAGUCCGCGAGUCCCGCUCCGCUGCCUCCUCCUCCCCCCCAGCUUUUUCACUGUUUAAAACACUAAAAAUAUCCUUUAUUCAGAAUGUCUCUACAUCAGUUUUUAUUAGAACCAAUCACCUGCCAUGCCUGGAACAGAGAUCGUACUCAGAUUGCCAUUAGCCCUAAUAACCAUGAAGUUCACAUCUAUAAGAAGAGUGGGAACCAGUGGGUAAAAGCUCAUGAACUGAAGGAACACAAUGGACACAUUACAGGUAUUGACUGGGCUCCCAAGAGCGACCGCAUUGUAACUUGUGGUGCAGACCGUAAUGCCUACGUCUGGAGUCAGAAAGACGGCGUGUGGAAGCCAACUCUAGUGAUUCUGAGAAUUAAUCGCGCGGCCACCUUUGUGAAGUGGUCUCCUUUGGAGAAUAAAUUUGCCGUAGGAAGUGGAGCUCGACUCAUAUCUGUGUGCUACUUUGAGUCUGAAAAUGACUGGUGGGUGAGCAAACACAUUAAAAAGCCCAUUCGCUCCACUGUCCUAAGUCUGGACUGGCAUCCCAAUAAUGUCUUGCUGGCUGCAGGAUCCUGUGACUUCAAAUGCAGAGUGUUUUCUGCUUACAUUAAGGAAGUGGAUGAAAAGCCAGCCAGCACACCAUGGGGCUCAAAGAUGCCCUUUGGGCAGCUGAUGUCAGAGUUUGGUGGUCCUGGAAGUGGCGGAUGGGUACACAGCGUCAGUUUUUCUGCCAGUGGUAACCGCCUAGCCUGGGUCAGCCAUGAUAGUACUGUGUCAGUUGCUGAUGCCUCAAAAAAUAUGAUGGUUUCACAGCUGAAAACAGAGUACCUCCCGUUCCUGAGUGUGUCAUUUGUCUCUGAGAACAGCGUUGUGGCAGCUGGCCAUGAUUGCUGCCCAAUGCUCUUUAACUGUGAUGACCGUGGCUCACUGACCUUCGUUUCCAAACUAGACAUUCCAAAGCAGAGCAUCCAGCGCAAUAUUUCUGCCAUGGAACGCUUCCGCAACAUGGACAAGAGAGCCACUACAGAGGAUCGUAACACUACUUUGGAGACACUGCAUCAGAACAGCAUCACCCAAGUGUCUAUUUAUGAGGUAGACAAGCGAGAUUGUCGCAAGUUCUGCACCACUGGCAUUGAUGGAGCAAUGACCAUCUGGGAUUUCAAGACAUUAGAGUCUUCUAUCCAAGGUCUACGAAUCAUGUAAAGAUGGAUCUCCAUUAUCUAGCAUGACAGACUGCUUGACAGCAUGCAGCUCCAGCAUCCACACAGACCCGAAAAGGGAUGAGUAAGCUGGAUCAUUUGGAAGCACUGAGAAGAUAUGGCUUGGCAGAUUUUCUUUUAAAUACAUACUUGGUGAAAUGUGGUUUCAAAAUCAGCUGUGAUUGUCUCUCUUUCGUUUUGAUUGGUUGUUUCAUUCCAUUCUUUACCAAAGCUGCUCCGUUAGUAGUAUAUUGCAGGAAGUUAUGGAUCACUAACUUAAAAGGGGAAUUUUAUGUAAAUUGUCUGCUAGAAAUAAAAGAUACAGAAUGUG